AUGGCUAUUCUCUAUUUGGUGGUCUGCAUCAUGGGAGUGGCAGGGAAUUCUCUUGUCAUCGUAGCUAUUUUGAAACUGGAUAAAAUGUCAUCUUCCACAACAGUCUACAUUUUCAAUCUGGCUCUGGCUGAUGGACUCUUCAUGAUCGGCCUCCCCUUUAUCGCAAGCCAGAACAUUCAGAGCCAGUGGGUGUUUGGAGAUGCUGUGUGCAAAGUGGUCAUGACUGCAGACUCUCUCAAUCAAUUUACCAGCAUCUUCUGUCUCAUGGUGAUGAGCAUCGAUCGAUACCUGGCUGUAGUCCACCCCAUCAGGUCCACAAAAUGGCGGAAGCCCUUCAUAGCCAAACUAAUUAACCUGACAGUGUGGGGCGUGUCGCUGCUGGUCAUCUUACCAACUAUGAUUUUCAGUGGACUGGACAAAGUGCCAGUGUGUGGGAUAGUGUGGCCCGAGCCCCAGGACAUCUACUACAAAGCUUUUAUCUUCUACACCUUCUUCGUUGGAUUCUUCCUUCCCCUGGCGGUGAUAUGUCUCUGCUACCUGCUCAUUAUAAUCAAGGUGAAAUCUUCUGGAAUGCGUGUUUGUUCCUCGAAGCGCAAACGUUCGGAGCGUAAGGUGACCCGCAUGGUGUCCAUUGUGGUGGCGGUAUUCGUUCUGUGCUGGCUGCCCUUCUACAUCUUCAACGUCACCUCCGUCACCAGCUCCAUAAAGCCCACCUCCGUCGUGAAGAGCACCUUCGACUUUGUGGUGGUGCUCGGCUACGCCAACAGCUGCGCCAACCCCAUCCUGUAUGCCUUCCUGUCGAACAACUUCAAGAAGAGCUUUCAGAACGUCCUGUGCUUGAAAAAGGUCACGGGCCUGGAUGAGAUCGAGCGCAGCGACAGCAGGGCGGACAGGAGCAGGAUGGUUAACGAAGCCAUGAUCACCAACGCCAACCUGGAGACUCACGAUGCUGCCCUGCUCAACGGCGAGCUGCAGACCAGCAUUUGAGGGUGAAGCAGGGACAUUCACGGGAUAAAGAUAAACUAAACUACAAGGCACUGCUUAAGCAAGUGCUCAGAAAUGCAGUGGUAGAUCGAUGACGUAAUGGGUGCUCGUGGACACAAGUAAAGUCUGAAGGAAAAACUGUUUCCUGAAGGUUUUCAGAAGUCAGGGGAAGGGCAUUGACUCCAGCUAAUGGGUUACUGAGUCAACCUCAACAUGGUAACCCUGAAUUAGAGCAAGCACAUGUAUAUUUUACCCCUUGGCUUGUGUUGAAACCAAACAUUUUUAAGGAACAUCUUGUCACUGAGCGACUAUUGAACCAAGAGGUUGACUCAUAUAGUCGACUGUUGAAGACCUGUCCAGGAGAGCGGUGAACAACACCAACCGCCAUCUUUGCUCAACAUGAUGGAUGCAUUCGUAGAGAGAUCCAGCACUGACUUUCCUGGACAUAGAAGAACCGCAGAGGAAAACUUUAUUUCCCUGUGGCCUUUCAAUGGAGCAGAUCUGAAACGAUGACCCAAAGAUGAAGUGUCACUGCAUGAUUAGUUUGGUUGUACUUUAUCUUA